AAUACAAUAUAUUGAUUCAUAAACUUCGUAAUCAGGAAAUAUUGGACUGGGGAGGAUGUCGCCGGCGAUUGAAGCACACGCUCCGCUACUUCCAAGACAGGAACCGCAGGGGGCGAAUCAUGCGUCUAUAUCUGGGGCGGUGUUCAACAUCGCCACAACCAUAAUCGGCGCUGGAAUCAUGUCGAUUCCGGCAACUCUUAAAAUCGUCGGGGUAAUACCUGCUUUUACGCUUAUUAUCAUUGUUGGUCUAUUAGCUGAAGUCUCGGUGGAGUUCUUGGUGAGGUUUACGCAGUCCGGUGAAUCCAUCACCUAUGCUGGAGUCAUGAACGAGUCAUUUGGCCGAGUCGGCUCGGUGGCUACCCAAGUUUGUGUCAUGGUGACUAAUCUCGGGUGUUUGAUAAUUUACCUCAUCAUUAUCGGGGACGUCCUUUCGGGAAGUCAAAUUGGAGGAACAACGGCACACUUGGGAGUUUUGCGAGAAUGGUUUGGCAUCCAUUGGUGGAACUCCCGUGAAUUUUCCAUCUUAGUCGUAGUCGUUUUUGUUAUGCUUCCAUUGGUUUUACUAAGGCGUGUAGAAUUGUUGAAGUUCAGCUCAUUCAUAUCAGUUUUGCUUGCUUUGGUUUUUGUUGGAAUAUGUACUGUGAUGGCAAUAAUUGCACUCAUCCAAGGCAAAACCAAGGAUCCAAAACUAAUACCUCAUUUAGACGAACAAACGUCCUUCUUUGACCUGUUCACUGCUGUCCCUGUCAUUGUAGCAGCCUUCACUUUUCAUUUCAAUGUUCAUCCAAUUGGUGUCGAGCUAGGCAAACCAUCGGACAUGCUCUUAGCCGUUCGAAUCGCAUUAGUUCUUUGCGCGGCAGUUUACUUCGCCAUCGGCCUAUUUGGCUACCUACUCUUCGGAGAUUCAAUCAUGCCAGACUUACUAGUCAAUUUCGAUAGAAGCUCUGAUACAGCAACUGGUGCAGUGCUUAACGAUGCGGUUCGAUUGAGCUAUGCACUCCAUCUGAUGCUGGUUUUUCCUCUAUUGAACUUCCCAUUAAGAUCAAAUAUAGAUGAAUUUCUCUUCCCCAAGGAACCCCUUUUGGCCUCAGACACCAAAAGAUUUUUGGUUAUCACACUUUCUCUUUUGGUUUUUUCAUACUUAGCAGCCAUAGCCUUCCCAAACAUUUGGUAUCUCUUUCAGUUUGUGGGGUCAACUUCUGCAGUUUGCCUUGGCUUUAUCUUUCCUGGUGCUAUUGCUUUAAGGAAUGUUAAUGGUGUGUCUACAAGAAGGGACAAAAUCAUGGCAACAAUAAUGAUAGUCUUGGCAGUAGUAACAAGCAUAAUUGCCAUUUCCACAAAUAUAUAUAAUGUGCUUGGAGAUGGUGAGAAGGAAUAGUAUUUUUAUAAUAUAUUUUAUUUAUUUAUUGAUUGAUUGAUUGUUCAUCCUCUAGCUUAUAUUUUAGUUGUUUUAUCAAUCAGUUCAGCAAUAUUUACACAAAAAUGUAUCUGUAUGUCAAGCACGAACAUUGAAUUUUGUAUUUUUAAUGAUGAUUAGGAUAAAAAUAAUUAAUGGUU